CUGUGUAAAAUGGCGGCGUGAGCGAGACUCGAUCCAAACCCUGAGCUUCAUCGGUUGAUUCGGUUCAGUUCUGUUCGUACCUGAGUUCCUGCCGGAGCCGGUGAGCCGGAGCUUCUGCCCGGAGCAGGUUCGAGUCCCUGCGUCUCCAGGAAAAUAACGUCCACUCAGAGCAGGUGGGAUGGCGAAGAGGAUUGCUGACAAGGAGUUAACGGACAGGAACUGGGAUCAGGAGGAGGAGGGAGAGGAGGCCGGGCAGUUUUCACUUGCAAGCCAAGAUGUGCUGAAGAGCCGAGUGGUGAAAAGAGCCAAACGCCGCAACGUUGGAGCAGAGGGCGAGAACAGCGGAGCUUUCAAAGGGUUCAAAGGUUUUUCUUUGGCCAAGCCGGCGGAGAGCACCACCUCGCCUUCCACCAUGUUUUCUGGGUUCGGUAACGGAGGAGGAUUUCAAGGCCUCAGCAGUCUGACCAACGGAAACAGCAGCAGUCCGUCGUUCGGAGGCUUCUCGGCUCCGGCUGCAUCCACUGGGACGCCAGGUCUGACGUUCAACAGCCCCUCCUCCGCAAAACCCUUUGCUGACAUCAUGGCCAAGCAAACCAAUGGCUCCUCCCCAAGUCCUGCUUUGAGCUUCGGCAUCAUCAGCGGCGGCAGCAGUGUGGGCAACAAGGAGUACAGCCGGCAGCUCACAGCGCUCAACUGCUCUGUGCGCGACUGGAUCACCAAACACGUGAACGACAACCCGCUGUGCGACCUCAACCCCAUCUUCAGGGACUAUGAGCAACACCUGGCCAGCAUCGAGCGGCAGUACGGCGCCGGGUCGGCUGCUGCGGCUGACGGAGGCUCGGAGGAGAAGAAGCAGGCAGGGACCACCUCAUCCACCCCCCCUCCUCCCUCGUCUUCCUCCUCCAGCAGCCCGGCGGCUCCGGCUCCAGCCGCUGCCACUUUGUUCUCCUUUGGAAAACAAUCCACAGACGACUCGACCCAAGACAAAAGCUCCACCACCGCUCCCAUCCCCUCCGGCAUCACGUUUAACUUCGGUAAGAAGGUGGACAGCUCCGUCCUCGGAUCCCUAGGGUCCAAAUCCAUGUCCCCCGGCUUCUCCUUCUCCUCGUCCUCCAGCACCCCCUUCAGUCAGAGCCCCAUGUUCGGAGCUCCAGGAUCUGCUGCUCCUCUGUCCUUCGGCGGGACGAAGGCUGAGGAAGCUGCGCCUGCAGUCGAGAACGGAGAGGAGGAGUCGGAGGAGCCGCCAAAACCUGACGUCAGAGAAGUGAAGGAGGACGAUGCUUUCCUCUCCAAGAAGUGCAAAAUGUUCUACAAGAAGGACUCAGAGUUUAAAGAGAAGGGUGUCGGAACUCUGCACCUCAAACACAUCGAGGACGGGAAGACGCAGCUGGUGAUUCGGGCCGACACCAACCUGGGAAACAUCCUGCUCAACAUCCUGGUGUCGGCGUCCAUGCCGUGCUCUCGAGUCGGUAAGAACAACGUGAUGGUCGUGUGCGUCCCGAACCCGGUCAUCGACGACAAGAACCCGACCUGCCCCAUCCCGCUCCUCAUCCGAGUGAAAACCGCUGAGGAAGCCGACGAGCUCCACAAGACGCUGGAGGAGAAGAAGGGCUGAACCCCCCCCCCCCACCCCAAGCUUUUAGCAGCCUCCCGUGGUCAUCCUCAGAUUUCCUCAUGUCGGUUUCCCCCCCCACACACACCCAACACACAAAUGUCAGUGUAAAUAACUCAUCCUGGUAAAUCAGCUGUUUCACCACAAGUAAUUGGUCGUCAUACUGUGAACUGUUUUAGUUUUGAAACGUCGGAGCCGGUCGUUGCUCCUCGAAUCCGCCACAUUCCUCCGCUCGGACGCUGCUGCUGUUAAAGGAACAGGACGAUGAAUCUGAUCAGUUUCACUUUUACUGUUUUAAUCGGGUCCCGAGCGACUGAACGUGUGAAUCAAGGAGAAUCAUCAUAAUUAGAGUUCAGAUCGUGCACCUUCGAUCGCCACCACUGAGGGUUUUGGGGGGGGGCACUCCAAACGAAGUCCAGUCGAUUUGGUUUUACAAAUUAAUCACUCGCAGUAACAGUUCAAUUUUUAUUUUUUUGCUCUGGAAACUAUUUAUUGCGUCGGCGGCUUCAAGUCGGCGAGUGGAUCUGGUGUGAAUGUUUCCUCUGACGAGCGUCUGCAGAGAAGUGACUUCUCUGUUUGUCUGAACACGGACUCUGUUGUUUUCUAAGUGUCCUUCGUGUGGCCCGUGGUCUCGGCCUUGAUGAGUCAAGCUGUCAUUGAACAUUUGUAAAGAGGAAUAAAAGGAAACAAACA